AUGACUGAUAGAAGAGCUUGGAGCGAUAAUGAGGAUUAAGUAAUUAAAGAAUUAGUGGCACUUUACGGAAUAAAAAAAUGGACAAUAAUAGCUUAAAAAAUGGAAGAAAUAUAUUCAUUAAAAGGACGUUCAGGUAAAUAAUGUCGUGAGCGUUGGCACAAUCACUUAGAUCCUGGUAUAAAUAAACUACCAUGGUCUGAGAAAGAAGAGAAGAUAAUAUUCGAAGCACAUAAAUAAUAUGGUAAUAAAUGGGCAGAAAUAGCAAAAUAUUUACCUGGCAGAACAGAUAAUUCUAUAAAAAAUCAUUUUUAUUCAACAUUAAGACGUUCUCUAAGACGUAUAAAUAAGCUUUUGGGUGAUAAGAACAGUACUGCAUAAGUAAAAGAUAUAAAACCGGGUGUAUUAUCAAAAAUAUUCAUUUUAGCAGAAAAAGAUGUGAAUGAAAUAAAAGAUGAAAACAUGAAAAAGCUAAGUAUAGCCUGUAAAGGUUUAUAAGACUAACUAUUAUAAUUUGCAAAUUAAAAAAACCUUUAAAAAGUAGAAAAGGAAUGGAAGAAGAAUAUAAAGAUGAAGAAAGGGAAGGCGUUUUUAAAGUAUUAAUCGAGAAAAUUUUAGAAUUUAAUUAGUUAUAUAAAAAAUAAAGAGAAUAACGUGCAAAAUAUAAAGGGAAAAAAAUCAAUAGUAAUGAAAUUAGCUUAUUAAAUAAUUAAUAAUUAAAUGUGAAAAAAGAGGAUAAUAGUGAACUUUUUGAUUUGGAAGAAGAUGAUGAAGAAGAGGAAGAAGAAGAGAAUUCUGAAGAGUAAUUUAGUUAAACUUCAAAUAAAUAAUAAAAUUAAGAAAAUGAAUAACUUUUUGAAUAAAUAGAUUCUUUGUUAAAAACGAAAAUAAGAAAGGGAGAAAAAAAUAUUUUUAAGGUUGUUUAUAAAAAUGCUUUGAAAGAAAAUUAGAAUUUAUAUUAAAAUUAAUUAAGUAUUCCUGAUUAUUAAAAUAAUGUAAAUAAUAAUGAAAAUGCUAAUAAAAAUUAAUAGAAUUUUGAAUAAGAAAACUUUAAUAAUUAUCCUAAUUUCAUGUAAA